AUGUCCUACCACCCUACCUCAACUUUGACUCAUAACUCUGGCGCCUACACGACGGGAGUCGACUCCGCGAGCCAUUCGUCAUCGUCAUCGUCGAGCUCACAUUACGGCAGUCCCGCUUCCAGCAACAGCUCACGUUAUUCAAGUCCCAGCUCUGACGCCGGGUCCCUUUCUUCUUCAAGUUCAUCAUCUUCGUAUUAUACGUCAAAAGGCUCUCCCUCGUCGUCCGCCACAUCGACAUCGGGGAAGUUGUCCCUCGGUCCCGCUCGUAGCGCCACCACGCGGGUCACCUCUCAGUACUAUGUUGAUGCCCGUGAUACUAUAUAUCGAUCCAAGGCGGAAGCAAGGAACUCUGGCCGGAAAGAACCCACGUAUCAGCUCAUUCAAGGCGACGGACCGUCACCCUACGUUGUUAUUCCACAUGGUAUACCCGAAGACUAUAUCCGCGCCUCUUACAUCGAGUUCUCGCGCCUCGUCCUCGUUGGAGGCAGCUAUGUGAGGGUCCCAGGUAUCUGCAUCCAAGAGCCCGGGCGUGGUCUGGAGAAUAAGAAUUCGCGACCCUUCGCGAAUAGACGCCGGGCCGCAAACGAUCGUAUGAAUCUACACCUGGAGUGGCCAGGCCUGAAAUUAGGGUCUAUGAACGUUAAGACAGAUACUGCGCGACGUGUCGUCAUGGCACGUGGGGGGCAAAUAACGCUGGAGGAUCUAGCAUUCGCUGUGAGCGACUUCCUAACGCAUGAAUUGAACCGCAUCGAGCAAUAUGGCCAGCCCCACGGAUACGAGAUGUGGAAGUUAUGGCCGCGUGGGUCACCUGGUGGCAUGAGAGCUUCGGAGAUCACCGCCGCCGGCAUCUGCGAGUUGCAACCAGGUCACUGGCAGGUCAUAUUGCAUUGGUACCCGUCUACGAGAGAUCUCCCUGCUUAG